AUCAAACAACAAACGGGCGUGGCGGUCGGGCGCGCGCGAGGCGGGUGGUGGUUGUGGCGGCGCGCGGACGUCACGUGGACAUUCAGCUCAUGUGACAGGGGAAAGUCAAAACAGGAACAAAAUGGCUGCAACCGGAGACGAGGCCGCUGCAAUGGACAGCAUCUCCAGAGCCCCAGCCUCCCAGACAGUGGCUGUGAAUCCGACUGCGAGUUCCAGCAGCCACACUGAAAGCCCGGAGGCCGCCGCAGAGAGCCCGGCGGCAGCUCCGAAGAAGUCCGGCACCAACACUGAUGGUGGUGUGGAGACAGCGGAGGAGGCUGUGGAGCCUGCAGAGCCAGAUAUCAAUGAGCUGUGUACUGAUAUGUUUGAAAAGAUGUCAAUUUUCCUGCAAGGAGAACUCACGGGCACUUGUGAGGAUUAUCGACUGCUGGAGAACAUGAACAAGCUAACCAGUCUGAAGUACAUGGAAAUGAAAGACAUCAGCAUCAAUAUCAGCCGAAAUCUGCAGGAUCUAAACAACAAGUAUGCAAGCCUACAGCCCUAUUUGGACCAGAUAAAUCAAAUAGAGGAGCAAGUAUCUUCGCUUGAACAAGCUGCCUACAAACUAGAUGCAUACUCCAAGAAACUGGAGGCCAGAUUCAAAAAACUAGAGAAGAGAUGAGAGGAAAAAGGAGGCAGGCUGAGCGUUAUGGUGCCUUUAUGCCUUCUUUCAGCUUGCCUUGCUGUCUUCUUUCCCUGCAAGUGUAGCCAGGAGUUGCAGAGAGGAUGUGACCUGAGGCUGAAACAACAAACCGUCAAAGCCACAUCGAUACCUAAAGGACCAAGGAGGAAACAGCUGAGGGCACAUGAAUUAGUACUUCAGUGCUUGGCUUUGAUUUACCUCCCAGAUCAUUGUUUUUGGCAGCAGUCAAGCAGCUAAGCUGUAUAAGUAUACACGGCGUAUACCCACAUCCUUUUACACACAAAGUAAACAUUAUGUAGAAUAAAUCUGCCUAAUUAGCAUCAGAACAUAACUGAGUCAUGGAGUCAGAGGAGAUGAAUCCAUUAUCAAAUUCAAAAACCAAAACACAGUAGACUAUUAAGUUCUGCACCUGUAAAUUUUGUAAUUGCUGUUUUUGCCAUGUGUACAGGAUAAAUCAUCGUCACUGACCUGUCUUUAAUAAAAAAGUUAAACUAAUAAUUUUUAUUUGUCUGGUCAGUGUGAACAGUACCAAACUUUUUAACAACCAAUACUAUGCACAAAACCGCUGUAAACCACACUGGCUCUUUAGGGUGUCUUUUAAGCUUGCAGUUUAUAAUUACAACGACUUGUUAUGGAGUAAUUAUUGUAUUAUGUGUAUUUAUGAAUACUGACACUGACAACUGGAGGCUUUCUAAAUAUAUGUUUAUGAGCAUGA